AAUUCUUUUGUACUUCCCAGCAUUUGAUGGAAAUUGUUGUACAACGCAUAUUGUGAGUUCAUAUUACAUUUAGUGCGUGUUCCACAAUUUAGAAAAUGUCACUCAUCGAUUUAAAAUUUGAAAAAGCAGCUAAAAUUUUAGCAGAAUCGGAAGAUGAAGUCCUGCAAGCGGCGGGACUGAUGGCCUUGAUGCGACUCGAGACCAAAGAUUUGUUCUCUGCCAAAGAUAUGGUCGAGACUUUACAUAGGCGCCUGAAGCAGUUUGAUAAAGAACCCAAACCACUGAUGCCAAUGCGAAUAUUAGUACAGAAUAAAGACACAACACCCAGUCUCAAUACCUCGACAGCAUGGUGUCGUACUGCCUUGCCGGUGGCCACAGCUCAGUCUGUAAAUUCUGCCUCAUUAGAUUUGUUCAGCAGUCCUAAAUCAAGCUGUGAUUCUAAAACUCUGGCUACAACAGUUGAGAAUUCUAAUAUACUUUCUUCAAAUUUGUUCAGCAGUCCUAAAUCAACUUUUGUGUUUAACACCACGCCUACAACAGUUCAGACUGCAAAUACCAUUUUCUCAAGUGUGUUCACUGGUCCUAUAUCAAGUUCUGGUUGUAAUACCACGGCAACAACAAUUCAGUCGGUAAAUGUACUUGGUUCUAGUGUGUUCACUCGUCCAAGUUUUGAUUUAAACAUGACGUCUACAACAACCCAUUCCACAAAUGCCAUUUCUUCGAUUUUAUUGCCCAGUGCCAAAACCAGAGGUGAUCUAACAAAUGCACCCACAGCUACAGUGUCAAAAACUAAUACAACCUCUUUAAGAACAUUUAGUUUAAGUUCAUUUCCGAAAAUUGAGAUGGAACCUGUUGCAACAACAUCUCCAAUGUUAAUCAAUAGGUCGUAAUCUUCUAGACUCUAUUCACCACAUCAGGCAUCCCCGUAGCUACGGGGGGGCAAGAUGGGGCUGAGCCCACCCUAGCAGUUGUGGUUGCCCCCCCUGGAACACUUACACAUUAUAAAUUUCAAAUUAGUAAUAAAAUUUAAAUAUAAUUCCGA